AUGACAGCCAUAGCAUCACCCGUUGAGAUCGGUUCAGGCCGUCGCUCGGUCUACAUCGACAGUUCCAACGCGCCUGACGUGACAGACCCCAACUGGAUACCAAUGUUAGGCGGAGGUGCGAUACAGAAGGAGCAGGAGGAGACCAUGUUCAGUGAGAAGGAAGUUUCGCCAUACAACGAAGCAACUUUCCCUCCCGUGGCGAAGCCGUCGACACCUAAGGAGGAGACCAGGCCAAAGUCGCCUGAGAAGAAACAGUCUCUGAAGCACAGUCAUUCAAAAUCUUCUCCGAGCUCAUCGAAGUCGCCAUUCACAAGUCCCCUGUCGGUCGACCCGCGAGAAUCGAAUGAUGGCCACGAGACCGCGACCUCGGAAGGAGAUGGCAGCACGGCUCCAAGCACGGCUGGUACAGCCAGCAUGAUUGAAGAGCAAUACUAUACACUGCCUGGCAUGGAGGUCGCAAAGGAAGACAUCGUGCCCCCAACCGCGCCCAUAUCCGCACGUUCGUCAAUAAUGUCUAGCCGGGCGAAGAGUCCAUUCGUGCCUACCUCGAAAUACAACAGGAAAGGCAUCCAGUCAAUAGCUUCUGUCAACCGUCCGGCGACUAUCAGAAGUCAGCCUUCGAGUCCACAAGAAUCGCCACGCGUGUCAGCGGCGCUGCCAACCUCGACUGUCUCACUGCCUCCAUCCGAGCAAUUACAAUCUCCUCAUCUACCAAUAUCAACGUCGGCGUCAUCCACGCCUGUGACCAGCCCAAAACUUGUGUCGUCGAAGUCUACAGCCUCUGACCGAAGGGCACGCGCGUUGCACUCUCAUCCAUCGGACAAGAAUCUGCAGCAAAGCAUGCCUGCGCAACCACCGCCACGAGAGCAAUCCCUGCCUAGAGGACGGUCGCACUCACGAUCACGUCCAGAAUCCGGCUCCGGAGAAAUCGACCUCGACGUCCUGCCCAAACCUCCUUCCGUGAAACACAGGUCACGCAAACAGUCAAUUGAGUCACGUCCUACCACGCCUCGAUCAAUCUACGACUCCCAAGUACCUACACCUGCACCGACCACUCCACUACCUCAGCUACCUCCCGAAGCCUUCGCCUCAAACAGCAAUAACAACAACAGCCGCCGACCCUCCGUACGCACCAUCAGCCGUCCCUCAGAAGGCCACAUCGCCUCCGCCAGUCUCGUCUCGCUUCCGCGACCAUCUGAACAUGCAGAGAUGGCGGACUUCAUGUCACGGAAAUCAGCAGUGAUCUUCCGGCGAUUUGAUGACGUGCAUGUCAAGCUGCUUCUGUGUCUACAAGAUGAGAUCAGCGGACUCGAGGAACAAUUAUUUGCGCUCGAACAGGACGCACAUGAGAACUCAAUCGAUCGUCCGGGCCAAAAGAUGCGUGUGAUGAGGGAGUUGCGGAGGGUGGUCGCUGAAUAUGAUCACCUCUUCGCAAAUUGGUCACAAAUGCAAGCCAACAAAGCUGAUCCGCAAACGAUGAAGGACCUCAGGGAGUGGCUGGAGAGUCCCAAGGCUGGCUCCGGUGGCAGAGAGGAUCUGGACUGGCUGAACAGGCAAAAAGAUCUCAGCACGGUGCGGUUAGGCGCGGCAGACCAGUCGGUCAAUGCGGCCUCCAAGGAGAAGGCGUCUGCUGCUAACGAUGCGGAAAGCGCACCUUCGAAGAAAAGUUCGGGAGGCGGAUUCGCGGGAUUGUUCAAUUGUGCUGGACGGCGGAAAUGA